AUGGCUGAAGAACACUUGGAUUAUAGUCUAUUUCUGUUGUUGAUCGCUUCAACUCUAAAUACCUCCCUUAAGAAAUUGAAAAUUCAACCAAAUGCCAGUUCUGUUGAGUUAGAUGUAGAUGUUGUCUUAAGCGAUUUGGUUACGCUAACUGAAGAUUAUUUACAGAGCUUUGAAAUAGCGAACUGCCAAAAGACUCUUUUACGUAAGGUGAACUUCAUAAAAAUACUUCAGGAAAGGAAAUUUAAUGAGUUCGUUCUGAUAUCAGGGAAGAACUUGAUAAUAGAUACCACGCAGUAUGACUCUAAGAUGUCGAAACUAGUGUUAGCAGCUACUGCUGAGUAUCUGAAUGUGUUGGUUAAAAAUGUAAAUGAUUUAAGUAAGUUGUGGCAAAAUAGUCAAGUAAUUAGAGAAGAAUUUGAGGCUAGGAAGGCAAGGGCCAAUGCAUUGGAGGAGCAGAUGGUACAGUCUGAUAAUGUAGAUAAAGAUGUGCCUACUAGUGGCGAUGUGGGUAAAGAUACAGGCUCCGAAGCUGUUGUGGCUUCUGGAGAUCACCCAGAAAGUGACCAGGGAAUUCCGGACCCAGAAGCAGCUGUAGAUGUAGAAAAUAACAUAGAAAUUAAAGAUGUUUCUGGAGGUGUUAACAUGGAAGAUGUGGAGCCAGAGGAAGCCGAUCCAGAUGUCAUGGAUCAAGGAAUAGAUACCGAAGCUAAAGCCGAAGAAGACGACGAAGAGGAUGAAGAAAGGGAUCAUGAUACAGUGGUGAAAGAGAUAAACCAAAGCCAAAAAGCUGAAAAAGACGCCGAAGAAGAGGAGGAGGAAGAAGUAGAGGAAAAGAAGGAUGAUGCUGAGUCUAUAUCCAAUGUGAAAGUAGAAAAUGAGGAUGAGUCUGUAGAAGAGGAUGAAGUCAAGGGUGAAGAAGAAAAGGCAAACAAUGACGAAGAUGAGGACGAAGAUGAGGAAGAUGAAGAUGUAGAAGAGCACCAUGAUGAUGAAGGAAAUUCUGGGCCAAUAACUAGAAAACAUUCACUUACCUUAGAUGAACCAAGGACCAGAAAACGAUCAUCUUCUCCUUCGUCAACUAUGCAACAUAAGAGAUUCCAGCAUAUUGCUAUUAACCUCAUUAACUCAAUUCAAGCUCAUAGAUUUUCUUCGCCAUUCCUUCAGCCGGUGAAUGCUAAAGACGCUCCAGAAUAUUCAAAGAUAAUAUAUGAACCAAAGGACUUGAAGAAUAUCUUGAAAAGCAUAAAACUGAAGAGGAACCCACCCGAAUAUCAGCUGAUUGAACAACUUGAAAGGGAUAUUAUGUUGAUGUUUGCGAAUUGCAUCAUGUACAACAAGUCGGAUACAGACCUAGUAGAGCUUACCAAGAGUAUGAAGAAUGACGUCAAUAACAUAUUUAAGUUGUUCAAAGAUGCUGAACUGGACACAAGGUAG